CGCUGAGCGUUGACAACAGAGGCCAGGUACUCGAAUCAGUCGAGCGUCGGCAUGGACCAAGAGUGCCAGGAGGUGAACUUCGCGGCACAAUGCCUGCUGGAAAUGUCGCACGGCCGCGAGGCGGCCUUCUUCGCGCCCCUAGACCUGCGGUGCGGAGCCCGCGUGGGCCCCCAAGAGCAGGAGCCCCUUUUCAUGGUGGCGCGUAUUCUCACUGACCUGACCAGGAUCAAGCAGGAGUUUCCUGAAGAGGAGAUCCUUGAGGGACCCGCCGCCAUGGAGGAGGUGGUGGUCGUCACCAUGCCUGCCAAGAGGGCGCCUAGAAGGGCACAGGGGGCCUCGUCGUCGGUCAGUUCUGCGCACAAGAAGAGCCACAGAUGCACCUACCCCGAAUGCACAAAAACCUACGGCAAGAGCUCGCACCUCAAGGCCCACCUCAGGACGCACACAGGCGAACGUCCAUUCCCCUGCUCGUGGUCUGGCUGCGGCAAGAGGUUCGCGAGGUCGGACGAACUGGCGAGACACACGAGGACCCACACUGGCGAGAAGAACUUUGAGUGCCCUGUCUGCAGCAAAAAGUUCAUGCGCAGCGACCACCUGAGCAAACACGCACGCAGACAUCCCAACUUUGACCCUUCAGUGCUGCGACAGCGCCGACCGCCCGGCAAACCUGCGGGCUCCGUCAACUCUUCGGACGGAACGCCGUCGGACGUGCUGUCAGACUCUAUUCCUUCGCCGUGAGCACAAGAUGAUGGCGCUGCUGCUGCCCACCUGUAGAUCUCACCGUUCCUGUUUUGUUUCUGUGAUUCGUCACGCCACCUCCCCAACCCCUCCGCAAGCUUUAACCCCCGACAGAUGAAGAAGAAUCGGUUCUUCUUUAUAGAGAUCACACACCCCUAUUCAGUAGCAACAGUCUUCUUCUCUUUUCAAUAUUACAUGAUAAAUUGAAACACACACACACUCAGGGUCAAAAACGACCGUUGCGCGACGGUGGCGCCACUCGUGGGACGGCGCAAACGAACGUGAUUAGCCAGUCAAGCAUUAGUCUCUGCCCCCUCUGCCCCCAGAUCGACCGACGUCACAAAAUAUAUAAAUGAAUAAUAACGUUUUAACUCUACUGGUGCCGCCGUACAUCCGGUUUUUUAACACUAAUCGCCAUUAUUUUUUGAUAGGGAUAGUUCGUAGAUUAUUGUUUUUACUCUACUCGAGAAUGAAAACAUGUUCUCGCUUUUAAGCAUUACACACAAGCAACUUAAUCAGCGAUUUGACGGUUCGUUCAGUUGAUGCCUCUUGAAAUGAAGCCACUUUUUGAGGAUCAAUGUAAUUGGAUUUCAACAUAUUAUGUAAUUUAACAUGGUUCGUAGUCGUACUUUGUUAGUUGUGGCCCGACACCCGGGCCCACGUUAUUGUCAGUUAUUAUUGUAGAAAGUGGCGCCACUUCGCGACCGGAAAUGCUCAAAUCAACCAGCGAAACGACAGCAUCAGUGGUUACCAGUACAAACAGUCUCUCUUUGAUGAACACACACUCUGUCUGCAGCACCCUAUCUUGGUCACAUAUCUGAGUUACGCGAGCGCGUCUUUUUGUAAAUAUGAUUAUUGAUUAUUAUCCAGAGUCUUCACUUCAACUUGUCGUUUUUUUAUUGACUCUACUUUUCUCUCGUGGUAGGUUUAAAAUAAUAACGAUGGAUUUAUUAAUUAAUUAAUUAAUUACAACAUUAUGAUUAUAUACCGUAUCUUUCACUUUACGAGUUCAUUAUUAUGAUGAUUUGUAUAAAAAUUAAAAUGGAGAAAUAAUACAAAAUGGAAAAACGUGUCUCUCAGCUAUGUUGUGUAAGUACUUAUGUAAGCUGCCUGUAAAUACUGAUUGAAUAUUGUAAGUAGUUGUAGCUGAUCGAGUAUUUUUGAAUAACGUAUGUGUAACAAAUAAAUAAAAACAAUAAUGAUAUUUUAAGAAUAAUAAAGGGAUUCACCAGGAAAAUCUAUUGUCAAAACAUGAAUAUCACUUUUUUAU